UUUUCUCUUUCUGAUUAAAAUUUUAGUCAAGCACUAUUAACUAUAUUUAUAUUUAAGCUUUAUUAUGAUUCAAUGGGGAUGGCAAAAGUUUGGGAGUGAUCUAUGGUAGGAGUGAGAGUAAUGGCUACUGGCUUAUGGUCACAGUGAGAAAGCUGGGGAAAUAGAGUAAAAAAGUGGUUGACACUUGUGGGAAAACUAGACUUGUGUUUAAGCCAUCGACUGGGGAAACUUUUCACUUGUCAUGAACACUGAUUUAGCCAUUAAAGUAAGUUAACCAGGUAUUUUGGCAUCAAAAAUCCCAGAAGGAAUUUAAUGUUGCCUAUAAUGACGCUAUUACUUCUCUCGUCGUCAAUUGAGCCAGAAUAUGACUUCUUAAUUAGGGUUUGCUUUUCUUGUACAGUUGUGGCUUUGCAUCUCCUUCGUUGGAUAUAUAUCUGAAAUAUUGGAGAAGCAAAAAAAAAUAAAAGAAAAGGCAAACAUGAUAUCUUGAAAAGUUUGUAUUCUUCGCUCUUUAGAUGUUUUGGAUUGCAACAGAUGUUUGAUAGUCCAAUUUGAGGGCUCUAUCUUACCGGAAUACAUCAUGUACUCAAACCAGCAGGGCAAACUUUGGCUUAUUUGAUACAACUUUAUUUCUUGAUGUCAACUUCUGCGAAGCUAAGAUAAGGUUUUCUUGGUUUCAGAUGUCAACCAGGAGUCAAGUUUAGGAUAAAGUACUACCAAAUGAUAUAAAUGGUUAUAAACUACAGAGUCUGUUGAAAUUCCAUCUUUAUGCAUUUGUGGCUGAGUUUGAGUUGUUUGACUGGACUUGUUUGGCUUCCUUUUUUUCAAUGACUGAUUUGAGUUUUCAUUUGUUUGGCUUCCAUUUUUUCAAUGACUGGUUUGAGCUUUCAUCAUUAAUGAAAGUCCCCCUCUCUAUGCCCCCAUCUCAAUCAACUACUUUGAAUGCUAAUCCUGGCCAUACAAUCAGAGAAAGAGAAAAAUGAGAUUCAUAAUGUCAACCUGAUUUCUCUACAUUAUGAGGACAUGAAAGUGAGAAAAAUCUUUGAAGUAUUAAGAAAGACUCUCUGAGGGCUAAAGAAAAUUAACAACAAUUUGUUUUGUCCUAAUCAGAACUUUCUUUUAACACAUCUGAAUGUGAUGUUUUGAUAUUUGUUAUGAAUUAAGUCCAUUUGAUUCCUGUUUCUGUUAUAUGUUAACGAAACGAAGCACUAUAAAUCUUCUUGUGUUUUAUCAAUCAAUAUGCAUGCAUUUAACACUUUUGGUAGCUUAUCUUACAAAACAUUUUGCUGAAAGGUGGAUAAUUUAAUUGCUAAAUCGCAAAUAACCACUGGUAUAUUGCGUGUUGUAUUGUACCCCCUACGUUAAAAAAUAUAAACCUAACUCCUUUUUGGACCAUUAGCACCUAACCAACAGUCUCCCAUCCAAAAAACCAUAGGAGAACCCUAAAAGACGACUUGUAAUGCUGAAUUACCCUUUGUAGCUCUCAAUUGUCCUCCUUUUGUUUGUUCUUUCCUUACCCAUUCUGCUCAUCAAAUCUUCACAAUGGAAUCGAGAAUGAGGAGGAGAAGCAGGAUGAUGAAUGGCGGAGGAGAAAGGUUUGCUGAUUGCAGAGGAAGAAGAAGACAUUCCACAGAUUUUGCAGGAAGCUAAAACUCGCUGGCUUCGUCCAAGUGAAAUAUGCGAAAUACUUCGCAACUACAAAAGAUUUAAGUUGAAUGCUGAUCCACCUUACAAGCCCGCUGGUGGUUCUUUGUUUUUAUUUGAUCGAAAGGCACUUCGAUAUUUCCGCAAAGAUGGCCAUAAUUGGAGAAAAAAGAAAGAUGGAAAAACUGUUCGAGAAGCUCAUGAAAAACUAAAGUGCGGCAGUGUUGAUGUUCUUCAUUGCUACUAUGCCCAUGGUGAGGAAAACGAGAACUUCCAAAGACGUAGCUAUUGGUUGCUUGAUGAGCAGUUGGAUCACAUUGUUCUUGUACAUUACAGAGAUGUCAAUGAGGGUAGCAGACCGACCUUUUCACAUUUAUCAAAUACUGAACAAAACAGAGUGAAUCACAUGGAAGAAACUCAAGCAUCUACAUUCACCCACUUAAGUCCAUCGACAUUCACAUCACAAACGUCUUAUGUAUCGAGCCCUAGUGCUGCAGAUUGGAGUGGGCAGGCUCCAUCGUCCGAGCUUGAGGAUGCUGAUUCUGGUGAAGAGCUAGGUGGGGCUUCAGCUUCACACACUGAUUCUGUAUCAUGUCCAGGGUUUCAAUUUGCUUCUUUGCCUGGAGACACUGCCGUGAAGGACGGUAUUGUGAUUAACCAAUUUUACUCAAGAGAUUUUCCAGAUACUGCUGUCUCAAGUAGAUUGCUUGAUCCUUUGUUUUCAAGUCAGGUUUCUUUACAGAAUACUACAAUUGGUGUGAAGCAACAAAUCAGUGGUGCUCCCCAAGGUUCAUUUUGUGAAAAUGACCAUAAUUCUGCUGCAUCCAAGUGGGUAAACAUGACUAAGAAGGACGUUGACAUGAAGGAGCAAAAUAUUUCCUUCGAACCAACUGGACAUUCUGGUGACAUAUCUAGAAGAGUGAUAGAUGACCACACUGUUUUAAACUCUACUUUGGAUGACACAUUCAAUAUGUUACGUAAUGCUCAAUUAGAGAUACUUAUUGGUAAUGGCGAUAGAGAAAAUCAGAUCAAACAGGAGAAUGUUGUACACGUAGAUAGCCUUCAAGGCAGAAAUCAUUUAUUUGAUCACUCUAGUUAUACUUAUCAGGGGGCAGACGACCAAUCUCUAGAAUAUCCCACAAAAGUUUCCUAUCCUUUAAAGAACAACCGAGAUACUAAUAUGCAUAAUAAUGAGCAUGGAGAUCUGAAGAAGUUAGAUAGCUUUGGAAGGUGGAUGAGUAAGGAGAUUGGUAAGGAUUGCGACGAUUCACUGAUGGCAUCGGAUUCUGGAAGUUACUGGAAUACUCUUGAUACUCAGAGUGAUGACAAGGAAGUGUCUACUAGCUUACCCCCUCAUAUGCAGUUGGAUAUCGACACACUGGGCCCUUCCCUUUCCCAAGAACAGCUAUUCAGUAUUCUCGACUUCUCACCUGAUUGGGCUUAUUCUAAUGUCGAGACAAAGGUUCUUAUCUCAGGUAGGUUUCUGGGCAAUGUUGACCCUGGAAGCGUCAAGUGGUGUUGUAUGUUUGGCGAACAUGAGGUCCCCGCUGAAAUUUUGACAGCUGGCGUACUUCGGUGUAAGACUCCUGCGCAUCCUCCGGGCCGGGUCCCAUUCUAUGUAACAUGCAGUGAUAGGUUAGCUCGCAGUGAGGUUCGAGAAUUUGAAUUUUGUGAAAACCCAAGUGCAACACAUUUAUUGCCAAAGAGUGAAGCAGAGGAGUUGCAUCUUCAAAUACGUUUUGCAAAGCUGUUGUCGGUGGGAACAGACAAGAAGCUACUAUGCUCGGUUGAAAACUGCCUAAAGUGCAAAGUCAAGCAAAGGUUGUCCUCACUGCUAAAAGAUGAUGAAAAGCAGUGGGCUGAAGUGGAGAUGUGCACCAAAGCUGAGAGGAGAUAUUAUUAUAAUGUGAGAAAUAAGUUGAUCGAGAACUUGUUGAAGGGUAAACUGUAUGAGUGGUUGGUCUGCAAAGCUCACAAGGAGGAUGGUCGUGGGCCAAACAUCUUGGAUGAAGAAGGACAAGGAGCAAUUCACCUAGCGGCGGCUCUUGGAUAUGAUUGGGCGAUGGAUCCCAUUGUUGCUUGUGGUAUCAAUCCAAGCUUUAGAGAUUUACAUGGUCGGACAGGACUUCACUGGGGAGCAUACUAUGGCAGAGAGGAGGUGGUUGCUGCACUCGUCAGGCUCGGAGUUGAUCCAGGUGCAGUCGAGGAUCCAACAUCGACAUCUCCUCAAGGGCUAACUGCUGCUGACCUUGCAUCAGCUAGAGGGCAUAAGGGAAUUGCAGGCUUCUUAGCUGAAGCACAUUUGACUAGCCAUCUUUCCUCUCUAGCACUAAAAAAGAAGGUUGGCAAUAGUGUUUCUGCAACUCUCGCUGCAGAAAAGACAACAGUAGAAGCAGCAGAAGAUCAAAACAUAGUUUUCCUAAAUGAUAAUAAUAUAGAGGAGCAGCUAUCAUUAAGGGGAUCCUUGGAUGCUUUAAGAAAGUCGACUGAAGCGGCCGCACGGAUACACACUGCUUUUAGAGUUCAAUCAUUCAUCCAAAGGCAGUCAACAGAGAAAAAAGAUGAAGAUUCAUGGAUCUUGGAUGAAGCAGUGCUCUCCACCCUAAAUAAUAGGUUUCAGAAAUUGGGUCACUUCAAUGAAGCUUUGCAUGCAGCCGCUGCUGUAAAAAUCCAGCAAAAGUACCGUGGAUGGAAGGGGCGGAGGGAAUUCUUGAAGAUCCGCAAUAAAAUUGUAAAAAUCCAGGCACAUGUGAGAGGACAUCAAGUUCGUAAACAAUAUAGAAAAAUAGUUUGGUCCGUCAGUAUUGUCGAAAAGCUUAUAUUGCGGUGGAGGCGUAAAGGAGCCGGAUUGCGAGGCUUUCAAGCUGAUCGAGCAAUUAGUAGUACUUCCAAGCAGGAGGAUGGAAAGAGCGAUGAGUAUGAGUUUCUUCGCGUUGGCCGGAAACAGAAAGAGGCAGGUGUUGAGAAAGCUUUGGCCAGAGUUCAGUCCAUGGCUCGAAAUCCAGAGGCUCGCGACCAGUACAUGAGAUUGGUGGCAAGCUCCCACAAAUCCAAGUUGGGAGAUGGCGAAAGCUCCUCCUCACAAAUACAGAGUUCCGAAGAAGAAAAGAUGGUAGACAAGGAUCAACCUGCAUCUAUGAUACACUGAACGGUAGCCAACCUAGUUAGCUAGUUCUCAUUAACUACUGCCGAGGCCUUCGGCGAUCGUCAGCAAAUGCUCUCAACAACUCGUGCUGCUUCUGUAAGUAAACUCCUGACUUGGCAAAUGUUGUAAAGGCUAAUUGCCGUGUAUGAAAAUAAGAUAGACCAAAGUAUUAAAAGUAUGUAAGUAUAUAUAUUUUACCGCUGUAAUUCAUACUGUGAACAGCAGCGUAGUAGCAAUGUAAUAGACGGUAAGAUUGGGGAGAUUUUGUGGUCGGUGGCAUGUAAUUUUGUAUGCAUAACGGCCGGGAGAUGGCCUUGUGCUUAAGCUUCGGCUGGGGUUGGGGAAUGUGGUUUUGUCGCAGUAGGCACUAUAUAUGUGUAGAGAGUUAGCAUCAAUUGUAGUGUACCCAAUUUGCGAGCCAAAAGUUUGUGCCAUUGUAGCUUGCAUACUUUUGUCCUUGUAAUUUGCUUCCUAAUGGGCUAAUCUGUGCCUGCCUUCUGGGCGGGCGGGCUGUAAAAAACGAACUUUGUCUUUCUUUUGAUUGCCUUCGGAUGAACUGAUCUGCA